AUGAAAGGAUACAACACUCGAUCGUCGUCGCGCCGAGCCCAAGACAAGCCCGUAGGUCUGUAUCCUGGUCUCAACGACCUCACUGAUGCUCUGGAAGCCUUACCGCUCGAGACUGUGCGGCAUUUCACUCUUCUGCGAGAAAUCGACGCGAAAUGUACCACGACUACUCCUCUUGUGGCGGAUCUGAUAGCCAAGUUUCUGGCUAUUCCACCGGCGGCCAAGGACGACCCCGAGUGCGCGAAGAAAACGGAAGAACGGGAAAACAUGCUGCUGGAGAUUCGGGGUUUGAUUCGAGAGCUCAUGCCCUGUUUGGAGGAGAAAAUGCACGUGGCUGGGGUGGCGGCCGAAGCGGUGGCACGACACAUUUCGCGUAUUGAUGCCGAUUAUGAGCUAAUUACUUCACGUGAGAUCCCCCAGGUGAUUCAGUACGGAGAGCCUGACCAUCCUGCCAUCAUUGUGGAUGUCAAGCCCUCUGUGGCCGAGCGAAGCGCACAGAGCCAGCGAAGCGAGUCGCGGCGGGAAGCCAUUGCUGCGAAGAAGGCUGCCGCUGCUGCUGCCGCCGAGAAAAGCGGUAAUGGAGGACGAAGAGGCACUCCCAGCAAGGAGGGAGGCAAGGACAGUGGAAAGGAGACUGGCGGCAAGAAGGCGGCAGCCACUAACGGCGCAGCUGCCGUGGGAGCCGGAGCCAAAAAGAAUGGCGAGAAACGAACCGCUACCUCUGCUUCAGUGUCCGAUACCGUGGCUUCUUCUGCCGCUGCUGCUGGAGCCAAGAAACGGAAGACUGCUGCCAAGGCUUCUCCUGCUCCUGGAAACAGAAAAUCGCCUCCAUCGUCAGACGACACACCCGCAGCUUCGGCUACCAGAUCUGCUCGUUUGGUUAACAAAUCGAGAAAGGGGCAGGAGGCUGCUGAGUCUGCCAAGGCCGCGGAGGAAGAGGAGGACGACGGAGAACCGGUCUACUGUUACUGUGAACAGGUGUCCUACGGAGAAAUGGUGGCCUGUGAUGGUCCCCAGUGCACCCGGGAGUGGUUCCAUUUGCCUUGUUUGGGCCUCAGCUCGCCCCCCAAGGGUAACUGGUACUGUGAUGAGUGCAAACAGGGUAGAAAGAGGUAG